AUGGUAAUAAUUUUGAAACAAUGGUCCAUACUCAAACAAAGAUUACAAAAGGUGAAAAUGCAAUUUCUCAAGCAGUUGAAUCAAUUUAUCUUUCUUACAGAUUCGAAACCUUGGUCAAAAGUUAUUAGUGCUGAUUCAGGAAGUGACCAUUCUAAAAUUUCUUAUCAAUUCAAUAAUAUAGAUAAAGUAGAUAGCGGUGGCGGUGGUGGGACUAUUUGCUUUGGUGAUUUAAAUUGGCAUGGAAAGCAAGAGGCACGUGGAGGUGGUGCUUUUUGUAGUGAUAAAAUGAAAUAUCUUUCUGAAUACUUUUACAGAAGAGUUGGUAUAAUUAGACACCCAGAGAAUAAUCAAUAUCUUAAAAAAGAAUCAUUAAGAUUAAAUAGCAUUGCAGGUCAAAAGUUGAAUUUAAACGGAUUAAUAACUAAAUAUCCAAAUAAUCUCAAAGAAAUUUUAGGUAACAGAAAGCUAGACUUUGAAACCAAGGUUAAAGGUUAUGGAGAUGAUGAAAAAUACUAUCAUUUGAAUCCAUUUAUUAUCGUUUACAAUAAUGAAAAAGAUGAAGAUAAAUUAUUUUCAAAUGAAUAUAAUUAUGGUUAUGACAAUGUUUAUAUUCCACUAUUAACCCAACUUAAGGAUCAAACUACAACAAAUAAAUACAAAUCAGAGUUAUUCGAUUUCAAUGUGUUUCCAUCAAUCAAUGGGGAAAUUAUUUUAUGUGAUGAUAAUGAUGUCACUUGUAGCUUUGAAAAAUCCAAAUCUUACCAAUUGUUUAAAGAUAUCUAUGUUGAAUCAACAUUAACAGUUACCUCAUCAAAAAAUAAAGAUGGGAAAGAAACGAUAACUGCUAUAACACAAAAUACCGUUAUCGAACCAACAUCAAUACUCGCACCUUUCCCAGAUAAGAUAUAUAUCGAUUUAAAAAAUAUUGAUUUAGUAAAAGAACUUUAUAAAAAAUUGAAAUUUAUUAAAAAUGAAAACAUCAUUCAAUUGAAAGAAGUUAAAAUUAAAGAUGAUUUAGAACCAUUUAAAUUCCCAAAUAAAAUCGAAGGCGAUCAAAGUGAUAGCGAAGAAGGUCAUGAUGAUAAAGAUUAUAAUGAAAUUAAUAAAAAAAUAUGUAAAGCUUUUCCAAGUGAUACAGACUCAAAAAUCAUUAAAUAUCAUCCAGAUUGCCAAGAUCAUCUUAUCUAUUGUAUUCUCUUAACUGAAAAUAAACAUGGUGAUCUACAAAACAUCAAUUCCAUUGAGGAAUUUACAAAAGUUUUGGGUGAAUAUACCAAAGAUGUAAGUAUUAAUUAUAUUUUAAUUUAA